UUUUACCAAAAAGAAAUGCAAGCCUACUACAACACGCCAUCUAGUUGUCGUAAUGUUGACCGUCAAUAUAACGCCAUCUCUUGCCUGACAGUCCAGUCCUCUAAAUACGAUUUGCAGCCAUUUUGCUACACACGUGUAGAGCAAGUGAGCAAGAGAAUCUGCCUGUACUACACAGUAGAAAGACGUAAAGCUUCCUGCAAUGACUUACAAUUAAAGGAAAAUUUGAACAAUUUUAGGCGUAAAAAGUAUCAUCGUGGAGAAACACACAUCCGCAAAAAAUACAAAGGAAAAAGACGUACUAAAGAUCUGGAUGAGAUUGAUAAUGAUUUGAAACACAAUUCUGAAAGCCUUCUUGCUCAGAAAAUUGAUGUUGAGAAAGCUGGUAACGCACAGUACUACUGCAUACACUGCGCAAGAUAUUUCAUCGACGAGCAUUCCCUCAGUCACCACUAUCGGACUAAAGUUCACAAGCGUAGACUGAAAGCAUUAGAGUUAGAGCCUUACACUAUUGAAGAAUCGGAAAGGGCUGCAGGUCUUGGUGGAAAUUACAAGGCGCCUGUGAAGAGGAAAAUUGAAACUAUUCUCCCUAAAGUGAUGAGUGAUAAAAUUGAUGUUGACCAAGAACCAGAUUUAAAGAAACAGUGCACAGUCACACUAGGGGAAUAAAACUUGAUCAUGGCUCUAAGAA